AUGGAUAAAAUUAGUCAAGUUAUGAGAAAAAUGCCAAUUAAUGGAUUUUCAAAUAAUAUAAUAUCGAUGAAUCAAAGAAAUGGUAAAGCAAGUUAUGCAGGUACAUGGAUUAUUCCAAAACCAUCAUUUGGACAAAAAGCAAUGGAAGCACCAUUUAGACGUGAUACAAAAUCAGGAUGGACAAAAGUUAGUCAUCGUGUUGGUGCAAUUGGUAAAAAGGUUGGUAUGUUGACAACCUAUAUUGGUGAUAUUGCUUAUCCAGUCACAGUGAUUCAAUUACCAAAUAAUCAAGUGACACAAAUUAAAAGAAAAGUCAAUGAUGGUGUUGAUAUGAUUCAAGUUGGUGCCGAUGAAAUUAAAUUAAAAAAUGUUUCAAAAACAUUACAAGGUCAUUUCGCAAAAGCAAAUGUACCACCAAAAAGAGUUUUAAUGGAAUUCCGUGUCACUAGAAAUGCUAUGAACUUGGAAUUGGGUACUCCAAUCUUACCAAAACAUUUCUUACCUGGUCAAUUAAUCACCGUUAAAGGUACAAACACUGGUAAAGGUUUUGCUGGUGGUAUGAAAAGAUGGCAUUUCAGUGGUCAACCUGCAACUCAUGGUGUUUCUUUAACUCAUAGAGCAAUUGGUUCUACUGGUUGUAGACAAACACCAGGUAGAGUAUUUAAAGGUAGAAAAAUGCCAGGUAGAUUAGGUGGAAAGAGUUGUACAGUUAAAAAUUUACAAGUACUUAAAAUCAAUACAGAAAUGAAUUGUCUUUUAGUUAAAGGUGCUGUUCCAGGUAAAAAAGGUGGAUAUUUAAAGAUCACAGAUUCAAGAUCAAUGAAAUGGAAAGAAGCUCCACCUUUCCCAACUUAUUUCCCAACUUUAGAUGAUAUGAUUAAAGAUGAGGAAUUGGUUUUCAGACCAGCAACUAAAGAAACUAUUGUUAAUUCAAGUGAUAAGAAAAUCCUUCCUAAAGUUAUUUCAUCUGAAGAAUCUAUAAAUUUAAUAAACUUACAAAAACAAUUAAUACAAAGAAGAAUUUCAAGAAAACAACAACAACAACAAAAUCAAUAA